CAAUUAUUCCAUUCCAAUAUUAUUAGCUCUCUCGAUACACCGAAACUUCUAUAACCGACCUAACAUUCAUUCAGAUUUCUUCUUCUUUAACUUCAAUGGGAAACCCUCUACAGCUCAAAUCACUGAAUCACAUCUCUUUGGUGUGUAAAUCACUAGAAAAAUCAGUUGAUUUCUAUGUCAACGUUCUUGGCUUCGUUCCAAUUAAGAGACCCACCUCCUUAAACUUCAAUGGUGCAUGGUUGUUUAAUUAUGGCAUUGGUAUACACCUUCUCCAAUCAGAUGAUCCAGAAAGCAUGACCAAGAAUCCACACAUAAAUCCAAAGGACAACCACAUAUCCUUCCAAUGUGAGAGUAUGGGAGCAGUGGAGAAAAAACUGCAAGAGAUGAAGAUAGAGUAUGUGAAGAACAGAGUGGAAGAAAAUGGAAUAUACGUUGAUCAACUAUUUUUCCAUGAUCCGGAUGGGUCCAUGAUUGAAAUCUGUAAUUGUGAUAAUAUUCCUGUAGUGCCUUUAUCAGAGAACAAAGCGCGGUCUUGUUCGCGCUUCAAGUGCAAUGUUCCAAAUCGGCAGCAGCAGCAGAUUCAACAAAUGAUUCCAAUGUAGUAUUUGAUUAACAAGUGUGGUCUCUCUCAAUCUCAAUGAGUGUUUUUGUAUGUAAUUAGUUUACCAUAAUAACUUUGUAUUGUAAUUAUGAAUGUAGAAUCAGUGUAUUUUUUGUUCUAAAAUUUGUGUAGAAUUGAUUUUGACCUUACAUGUAUGGUAAUGUAUGAGAAUUGAAAGUUGGUAUAAAAGCUGAUUUAUGGGUAAUAUUGGAAUUCAUGACAAA